ACGCCACGUGACAUUCCCGCCGGGUCAUGUGAUCGAUCUACGUCCUCCUAGCUGCAGUCAACUUUUCCCGAGCAGCAAAAGCCCAAACAAACGAACAUGGCGGACUAUGAGGAGCGACAGAGCCUGUUGGGAGAUGGGGACGAGGGCUCGUCCACCGGCAGACACACAGCCGGAGGAGCCGGCAGACCGAUGCUGGCCAUCUGCGACCCCAGCCACAUAUUACACCGAGUGAUUGUCCUGAUAUUCAUGUGCUUCUUGGGAUUCGGAAGCUACUUCUGUUAUGACAACCCGGCUGCACUUCAAACUCAAGUCAUCCAGGAUCUGAGCCUGAACACCAAAGAGUUCAUGCAGCUGUAUGCCUGGUACUCCUGGCCCAAUGUGGUUCUCUGCUUCUUUGGGGGAUUCCUGCUUGACAGGGUUUUUGGCAUCAGGCUGGGAACUAUCAUCUUUUCCCUCUUCGUCUGCGUUGGACAGGUAAUAUUUGCUACUGGAGCUUUGGUAAAUCAUUUCUGGCUGAUGGAAGUUGGACGUUUCGUAUUUGGUAUUGGAGGAGAGUCUUUGGCCGUGGCUCAGAACACCUAUGCAGUCAACUGGUUUAAAGGAAAGGAACUUAAUCUGGUGUUUGGCCUUCAGCUGAGCAUGGCUCGCCUGGGCAGCACAGUGAACAUGAACAUCAUGGGCUGGGUGUACAGCAAGGUCUCAGACCUCGCUGGCUCUCCUGGACACACCGCACUAGGUGCAUCACUCAUGAUAGCUGCUGUAACCUGCCUGUUUUCACUUAUCUGUGCCUUGGUGUUGGGAUACCUUGACAAACGAGCAGAGAAGAUCCUCCACAAGGAACAAGGCAAAACAGGUGAGGUGAUCAAGUUGACCGAUGUGAAAGACUUCCCCUUCCCCCUGUGGCUCAUCUUCAUCAUUUGCGUGGCCUACUAUGUCGCAGUUUUCCCCUUUAUUGGACUGGGACAGGUGUUCUUCAUUGAAAAAUUCAAUUUCUCUCCGGCUGAAGCAAGAGCUGUCAACAGUAUUGUGUACAUCAUCUCAGCCCCUGCAUCUCCACUUCUGGGCUUCGUGGUCGAUAGGACGGGGAGGAAUGUGGUUUGGGUAAUGAUUGCCGUGGUCGCCACACUCGCCGCUCACAUGAUGCUGGCCUUCACCUUCUGGAACCCAUGGAUCGCCAUGUCCCUGCUGGGUGUCUCCUACUCCUUACUGGCCUGUGCACUGUGGCCCAUGGUGGCCUUUGUGGUACCUGAGCAUCAGCUGGGGACGGCUUACGGCUUCAUGCAGUCGAUCCAGAACCUGGGACUCGCUCUCGUUGCCAUGGCAGCAGGAGCCAUCCUAGACACCAGAGGAUACCUGUUUUUGGAAAUGUUUUUCUGCAUCUGCCUCUGCUUUGCGCUGAUGGCAGUGGUGAUGCUGUACUUUGUGAAUUAUCUCCGAGGAGGAGAAUUGAACCUGUCAGCCGCAGCAAGAGCCAAACUCCAGAAAGAAGCCACUUCAGACGCAGAGAAUAAAAGGCGACCCAGUAAAGUGAUAGGGGGUGAGCUUGCUAGACUAGCACCCAUGUCUGCGUUUGGCUUACGCAACCGGUACCUCUCAAGGCUGGGCGCACAGCUCCCAGACCACUACUCUACUCAUCUGUCAUCACUUGCCCACAGGAGUGUUCUAAAAUGAUGCCCUUCAUUCAGCUGGCUGCUCCUCCAACGCUGUAGCUCUGUGGCUUUAGUAUGCACUAAAAAAAAGGAUGCUUACAAAAUGUCCCUGUUUGAACAAGAUAUUGAUGCACUUUGUUUUACCUUCAAGGUAUUUUUAACCUUGACAUGACUGAAUGUUGUUCUGGGUAUUCAGACUGGUAUCAGGUUUUUUUUCUCCAUUAGUAUCAACAUAGAGAUUAUUUUUGGACCUAUCUUCAGUUGUUUUCUAUUUGCUUUAUACUUGAGGUGUUGUGCCUUUUUAUAGAAACCUCACAACAUGAAUACAUUUUUUUUCCAGGAGAUUGUGUCCUAUAAAAUUGGACUGAUGCUUUAUGGUGCCUUGAUGCUGUUUUAGGGUCUGUUUUAGAGACUCAGCCCUCUGCAAACAACAGAGGGCACUGAUUCCCUCACAUGUUUAUUGUCACCUCUGGCCACAGUAUCAUUGCUUUUUAAUAACUGCCUUGUACAGGCUCAGUAUUUACAGUAUCAGGUUAUACUUCUGCUGAUCCUUCAGGUUGCAAUAAGUUAGAAUAGUGUACACACAUGAUGCCGUGACUUCUGUGACCUGUUGAAUGUUGCCAAAUAAAUAUAUUUAAAAUAAUAAAAGGAAUUAUUAAACACA